ACACAGACACAGACACGGAAGAGAAGUGAGUGAAAGAAAGAGAGGCAGAGUGAGAGACGAUCGGCGACACGAACAGUUGAAGUUUUACUGUGCGGGAUAAGAAAGAAAAGGCUGAAAAGUGAGACCCAAAAAGGCCAGGAAGUGUUGGUGAAGAUGCCGCGGGUAGUCCCGGACCAGAGGAGCAAGUUUGAGAAUGAGGAGUUUUUCCGCAAGUUGAGCAGGGAGUGUGAGAUUAAAUAUACUGGGUUCAGGGACCGGCCCCAUGAAGAGAGACAAGCUCGCUUCCAGAACGCCUGCAGGGACGGACGGUCAGAAAUAGCCUUUGUAGCUACAGGUACCAACCUCUCUCUCCAGUUCUUUCCAGCCAACCUGCACGGAGAUCAGAGGCAGGUCCCUGCAAGGGAGUAUGUCGACUUUGAGAGAGAGACAGGAAAGGUCUAUUUAAAGGCUCCCAUGAUCUUGAACGGGGUGUGUGUGAUCUGGAAAGGCUGGAUCGACCUACAGCGGCUGGAUGGGAUGGGAUUCCUGGAGUAUGAUGAAGAGAGGGCGCAGCAGGAGGAUGCUUUGGCCCAGGCAGCGUUUGAAGAGGCUCGACGCAGAACCAGAGACUUUGAAGACAGAGACCGAUCACACAGAGAGGAUCUGGAGGACCCUGUGGUUUCUAAAAUCUGGGACUGAUGACACACAGACAGCCAGCAGAAAAGAACAGGUCCAGACGACAGCAGGACCCCAGCCCUGGCUCAAACAUGGCCAACGCUGAUGUGGAACACAAGAUGCGCUGAGGAGGAAGAAGAAGUAGUGGAAGGAGGAAGAACCAAAAAAACAAACAAACAAAAAAAAAAAAAACAGGGCUGGCUGUCCAUUCACUUUUAAUACAAUCAACUGGAAGAAAAAAAAAAA